GCUUACACAAUGUGUAAGAAACCGUAGGACUCAUAGCAUCCCAAAGCUUCUUUUUCUUUUUAACUCGUGACCCCAUUAAUGCAAACUAUUGCUGCUGGUUUCAGGUACAUGUUCACAUCAAGUGUCACUCCAUGAAAGACCUGCCUGAAUCAGAUGACGCAAUUGCACAGUGGUGCAGAGAUCAGUUUGUGGCUAAGGAUGCUCUGUUAGACAAACACAUAGCUGCAGACACUUUCCCCGGUCAACAAGAACAGAACAUUGGCCGUCCCAUAAAGUCCCUUGCGGUGGUUCUGUCAUGGGCAUGUGUACUAACUCUUGGAGCAAUAAAGUUCCUACACUGGGCACAACUCUUUUCGUCAUGGAAAGGUAUCGCGCUAUCGGCGCUUGCUCUGGGUAUCAUCACUCUCUGUAUGCAGAUCCUGAUACGCUCGUCUCAGUCAGAGCGUUCGACCCCAGCCAAAGUGGUUCCAGCAAAGCCAAAGGACAACCACCAGUCAGAAUCAUCCUCCCAAACAGAAGUGGAGAAGCAGAAGUAAAAAAAGUGGAUAUCAAAGAUCAAACAACAAACACAAGAAGAAAAGCGUGUCAGUUUUGUUAUAAGAAACAAAAAAAAAAAAAAACUCCCCAAGUGAAAAUCCCUUAAUUAUAUUGUCAACUCCGUUUUGUUCAUCUACUAUUUCCUACUACUACGACUCUCAGCCUAUGUCUAUUAGUCGAUUGAUGUAUAGGGUCAUGAUCAAAUCAACGAUUUUAUCCCUAUAGAACUUGGGGAUAUUUUUCUCAA